GGUAGGUGACGCACCCGGAAGUAACGUGGUAAAGAAGAGAGGUCACUUUGCUUCUGUUUGUAUAAUGUUUUGAUUCAGCAACACUGCUGAUAAUUAUGGAAGCAACCAAAGCAGAGGAGCCUUUCCUGAGGCAUGUGGAGACUGAUGUACUCAUCCCCAAGAUGAUGAGGGAGAAAGCCAAGGAGCUCUGUGCUGAAAAGGUUACAGGGUUCAACCACUGUUGUAAAGAGACUGGUUUCCUGAUGGUGUUCAAGUGUCGGGAUCAGAACGCUGCCCUGAAGGAGUGUCUGACCGUACACUACAGAGACUCGGCGUUCUUCGAGGAGUGCAAGCAGGAGUACAUCAAGGAGAAGCUGGAGUACCAGAGGACAGGGGUGGCGGCUAAGAACCGCUCACAAAAACUACCAACCAGCAUGUAGGUUCCAAAUUGACCCCUGACCCCUGAACGUGUUGCUUCCACCUGUCCAAUCCUCUCAGAUCUACGGGAUUGGUUCGGUAGCAGGGGCUAGGGGUCAUGGAGGGUGGCAGGGGGAGUGAGGGCUACUCACGGGGCAUUACAGUGUGUGUAUUGUACAUCUGGUUGGGAUGCUCAUUGCCCCAACGGGAGGAACUAGAUCAACGAAGUGGCAGGAGACAGGAGGUCAUCCUAGGCCCUAAGUGACCUGUGUAACGACUACGCGGCAGGUUGGCAAGGUGUGUCUAAAGGCCUCCGUUCACCUGUAUGUAGGGAAAAGGAAUCUCUUACAGAUACAUGUCCUCAACAGAGUCUCUCUGGUUGAUCUGAUCAAACAGCCAUGAUG